AUGGCGGAGGCUGCAGGCAGGCGCGACCACAGCUGCGGGACAUGGGAGAACUUCCCUGCCGGGCUGCGGGUGCUCGUGGUGGACGACGACUCGCUGUGCCUCAAGGUCAUCGAACAGAUGCUGCGCAGCUGCAAGUACGAAGUUACGACGUCGAUCACGUCGAUGGGGGCCCUGGAGCUGCUGCGCGACCGGAAGAAUGACUUUGACCUCGUCCUGUCGGACGUCUUCAUGCCAGACAUGGACGGCUUCAAGCUGCUGGGGAGGAUUGGGCUGGAGCUCGGCAUUCCCGUCAUAAUGAUGUCGUCGAGCGGGGACACGGACGUCGUUCUCAAGGGGGUGACCCACGGGGCGGUGGACUUCCUCAUCAAACCGGUCCGCGUCGAGGAGCUGCGCAACGUGUGGCAGCACGUGAUAAGGAGGCGAAAGGACGUGGCCAAGGAGCCAGAUGUGGAAGAGGGUGCGAAGAGAGACGAAGGGUCUGGCGGGGACAGCUCCAGAAAGAGAAAAGAAAUUGGAGGCUGCAGGGAUAGCAAGAGAGACGAUGGCUACGCAACAAAGAAACCCAGGGUCAACUGGUCAGUGGAGAUGCACCAACAGUUUGUCAAUGCAGUCAACCAGCUGGGCGUCGACAAGGCCGUGCCAAAAAAGAUACUGGAGCUGAUGACUGUGAAGGGGCUGACCCGGGAGAAUGUUGCGAGCCACUUGCAGAAGUACCGCCAGACAUUGAAGCGCCUGAUGGGCGUGCAGAGAGCAGGGAGGGUGUGCCCCAUCCCGCAGCAGGCUUCGGCAGCAUCACAGCCAGGCAGCGAGGCGGCUGGCACCACAGCCUCUGUGCCCAUGGGAGCGCCUGCGGCAGCACUCCUGACUGGCCAGCUGCCAGGGGCCCCUGGCUUUCUGGGCUCCUUGCCACAGGGGAUGGGCAACCUAUUGCCAGCGUUGACUGCUCUGAGCUCCAACCCCAACCUUUCCAACAUGCAGCUCCAGCUGCAGAACAUGACGAUCCAAGGACUGCCUGCCCUAGGUGGCUUGGAUGCCCACUCGGUGUUGCCAUCUGGGGGCAUGCUGCCGGCGGGCCUGGGAUUGGGAAUGGGCAUGGGGAGCCUCCAAGCCCAAGCACAGGUCCUGAUGAGCAUGGGCCUCAUGGCCCAUGGGGUGCCACAGCAGGAUGGAUGCGCUGCACAGCAGCAGCAGCAGAUGCAGAAUCAUCACCAUGGCAUGAGCCGGAGCGCAUCUGUCCCUGCCAACGAGAUGGCCACCAUUGCUGGUGUCCAGCACUUGAGGAGAAAUCGCUCUGCAGUCUUGCCAACCACGGCAGAGGUUGUCCCUCAGGGCAGUGUGCCAGCGUCAACUAAUUCCACAGUCAACCCUGCCCCCAUUCCCAUCUUGUCCUCCGUGGAUGGUGGUGCGAUGCCAGGUGCCGUGUCUCUCAUGGGGGGCCUCAAUGUGGGUGCAACACAUCCAGAAGAUGCCUCUCCACACUGCAGGCCACAGGACCAGGCUGGUGCAGCUACAGCCGCCAGUGCUGGGCUGCUGGAACUGCAGGUGAAACAGGAGGAACCUGGGGUGCGGCCACCAGCCACUGGCCAAGCCCCAGAUGGAAGCCAUCCUGCCAAGGUCCUUGGGGGAAUGGGCACUGGCUGCGGCUUCAUGGCUGACGAGGCCCUGCUGGGGGCCAUUGGUAUGGAUGGGGAACUGACAGCGUUCAAUGAUGAGGAUUACCCUGGAUUUGGGGAAGCAGCAGGGAUGCCCCUGGAGGAGAGCAAGGACACGGGGAUGGAAGAGUUCCUUAACGACUUCCUCAGAGACAUGAAUGUUGGCAAGGGUGGCAUCGGACAGUAA